ACGGAAAAUCAAAUUGUUCAAAAAAUAAAAAAAAUAUAAAAACCAAAAAAAAAUCACUUUGUUCAAGAUUUGCGAAUGUGAUGUAGUGUUAUCAACAAAAUACUUAAACAUGAUAUCAUUUGGAAUAAUGACGGUAUUACUCGUGGCAAUGGCAUGUGUAGUGCACUAUGAUCUAUUGGGCUUGUUUCCAAUUUAUCCGUACAAACGGCGCAUUAUGUACAUGGACAACAAACGGCUACAUCAGCCUGCGUCCGAGGUCGACCACCUGUGGAUACCGAAACCGGGCACGGACCUGAACACAUUCUAUUCACUACCGCAGCCAGUCAUCCUGUACGAUCAUGAUGGCGACGGCGGUAGCUACUGGACGGACUCGGACGACUAUGAUUAUGACGACAGUAUCCAUGGUUAUCGCGAAAACACCGAUGAUAAGAGUUCCGACGACCAAGUCCAUCGACGCUGUUCUACGUCGGAUACUGACGUCGACAGCGUUCUUGCGACUAUCAUGACCCAGGAACCGAACAUCCCCGACGACUAUGACGACGACAACGAUUACAUCGCUCCCGGACAAGAGAAGGACGAUGACAUUUUUUGACGUACUUCCAUUACCAAUGUCAGGAAUUUUCAUAAAUCGCGAUGACAUUCCUAUAUUGCUAUAAUUUAUUAAUAUCGAUCGAAUGAUUUUUAAUACGUAGAGGUUAGAUAUACAAUAUAAUAUAUAUACUUGUUUUUAUAAGUCCCGUUGAAGAUACUAUAUAGGUAAAGUGCUGGGUUUGAUCUUAAAGAAUUUUUACCACAUUUUGUGUUUUAUGUACACAUAUAAUAUAAUCAAUCGUAUUGUCUACUCGUACCCUUCUAGGUAGUUUAGGCGAGAUAGGUAUUAUGUUUAUAAACGCCUUCAACCUUCGUAUAAUAUUUUCAUUCCCUCGGUACUAAAUUGUCUCAACAUUUCUAUUUGCGUGUUCUUGUACCUAUGUUGUUCAUACGAUUAUAUUAUAAUAUAUAUAAAUAUUUAAUAUAUUAUAAAUUGAUAUAUUAUAACCCAUACACCAUUAUGAAUUUGUAGU